CGCAGGCGGCGGGCGGGUGGACCCCUCCCGCCCCACGUGCGCGCCGGCCUCCGCCCCGGCCGCCCUCCUUGGCUCCCACGCGGCGGCGGCGGUUCCUCCCCCUCCCCCAGCCCUGGCUCCCGGGGACCCCGCGAUGCCGGUCCGCACCGAGUGUCCCCCGCCGGCCGGUGCCUCGGCUGCGUCCGCAGCCUCGCUCAUCCCGCCGCCGCCCAUCAACACCCAGCAGCCCGGCGUGGCCACCAGCCUGCUCUACAGCGGCUCCAAGUUCCGCGGCCACCAGAAGAGCAAGGGGAACUCGUACGACGUGGAGGUGGUGCUGCAGCACGUGGACACGGGGAACUCGUACCUGUGUGGCUACCUGAAGAUCAAGGGCCUCACCGAGGAAUAUCCAACCCUCACGACCUUCUUUGAAGGAGAAAUAAUCAGCAAAAAACACCCUUUCUUAACUCGAAAGUGGGACGCGGACGAGGAUGUGGACCGGAAGCACUGGGGCAAGUUUCUGGCCUUUUAUCAGUAUGCAAAGUCAUUUAAUUCAGAUGACUUUGACUAUGAGGCGCUGAAGAACGGGGAUUACGUCUUCAUGAGGUGGAAGGAGCAGUUCCUGGUUCCCGAUCACACGAUCAAAGACAUCAGCGGUGCCUCCUUCGCCGGCUUCUACUACAUCUGCUUCCAGAAGUCGGCGGCCUCCAUCGAGGGCUACUAUUACCACAGGAGCUCCGAGUGGUACCAGUCGCUUAACCUAACUCACGUCCCUGAACACAGCGCACCCAUCUACGAGUUCCGGUGACAGCGGUUCGGAGCAACAGCCGAGCAAACCGCACUUGGCGAAAAAGAGCUUUGCCAGGAAAGUCGUGCAGCUGCCGGAACCAGGAGUGUGUGUUCCUGUUUCUUCGCGAGCAGACUCGCAUCAGAGCAUGAAUGUUCACCCACGGCGUCCAGGAGCGCGGCGGGUGGCACAGGGGCCACCUCCGAGCCUCCUCCCUCUCGCUGGCAGCUUGGUCUUAAGCUGUGUUUAAGCUACCUUCAACGCACUUUUCCUUCCUGCACAGCUAACUUCUGUAUCACUGAAAUGCCCCUUCCUUCUUCCACCCUGGCCUCCAGCCGACCGGCAGGUCGGCCCCCGGCGCCCUUGGCCUUGGCGCUCAGGGGUCCCCACCCAGGCCCCUGCCCCACUUGCUUAGCCGGUAGCUGAAGAGAAGGCAGCCCCAGCCCUGUGCCCCCGAGUGCUGCUCAGGGAGCAGGCUGGUCGCCUGGCAGGCUUGGGCGCUGCCAGCGCUAUGACAUCCGGGCCGAGCUGGCGGCUGGCAGGUGUCCUGGGCCUGCCGUCAGGGCCACAGAGCCUGAGGCUUCCAGGUCCCCAGUCCUGCCUACUCAGCACGUUUGCUCCAAACUUUUGAACUUGAGGGCAAUAUUAAACUUUAAAAAAAAGUUUUUUAUUACAGAAUAAUUUUUAUGGUCCCUUUAACAGGGAUCCUACGGCAGAUGCACAACUAUUCAGAAUUACAUUUUAUCGUUUUCACAUUGAAAACAGCAAAUGUCGACUUAGCAGUUUUAUACCUGUAUCUGUAUGUAAAUGCGUGUUGAAUCAACCAGCAGUUGGGAGCUGCCCAUUGUGGUGCAGCGGCUGUGCGGCAGGCGUGGGCCGUGUGCUCCACCUGGGAGCCAGAGGCCGGUUUAGCUUUUGCACAACUCCUCUUGCUACUCAAGACAGCAGUGCUUUGUGGUGACCUUCUCCAGCGGGCACAGGGGCCGCCGCUCUCAUAAGACAGCAGGUCUGAGGUGUCAGGACGUGGGGGCUGGAGCACGGACACACUCGGGCAGCUCGAGGCUCACGUGCCAAAGUGUGUGUGUGUGUGUGUGUGUGUGCACGCGUGUGCGCCUGUGCACGUGUGGCUGCUGUGUUUUGUUUAAAUGUUUAAAAAGUUCAAGAGGGUGGCAUCCGCUGUAGCCUGCAGCUGCGGGCAGGGCUCGGGGGACUGGCGUUUGCCGGUGGUUUACGCGAGACUUAACAACCCGAGAGGGAGAGCUCUAACAGCCAGGGAGGUCGCGAGGUCGCGUGUCUGCGGGCGGAGAGAGCGCGCGGAGCCCUGUGGUCCCCGGGGUGGCCAGAGUGACUGCAUCGCCAUCCGUGCUGUAUGUGCCUGAGGUUAAGCGCCAGGAGAGGCCUUAAAGGAGGGCACAGGGGAGAGUGGUGGUGGGCGUCCCCUCCCUGUGGCCCUGGGCUCCCUGCAGAGGUGCAGCCAGCCCACUUGGUAAGCCCAAAAAAGGUGGAAAGGUGAUUCAUGUCCAUCUCCAGGGAUGAGUGAGAAACGUUUUCCUGAUUGUGAAACUCCCAAAGGCAGCAGGCUGGCUGGCUCCAGUCAAACCCAGUGGGUUGCCAGGCAGUGGGGAGACGCCCUGCGGCAGCGUCAGUCCCGGGACAGGGGACCGGCUUCCUUCCACCCCAGCUCGCGCCCAGGCCCUGAUACCGCCUGCAUCUGUGCCACGCGGGACACUGAGGGCGAGGUCACCCCACAGCUGCCAGGGUCAUGUGUGUUACCCCAAGGGGACGGUCAGUGGGCAGAGAAGGGGUUGGCAGUUGGCUCGGGCCCACCACACGGGUGGGCCAGGCUCUGUCGGGGGCCUGCUUGCGUCCUUGCUGACCCGGCCUUGGGGUGCAGUGGGCUGUGGGGGACGGAGAAGUGGCCCCUUCAGUAGCUCUUGGUCGCACCUGUGAUGAAGGCUGGUUCUCACAGAAAUCUGUCUGUCGGGAUGGGAGGAACCCCCAGACAAGCUGCCCGACUUCUCUUUUUCUCAGUUCUCGAAGGAGCUUGGGCAGUCAUCCCCCCGUGGUUAUUCUUUCCUGAACUUCUCGGUCGUUCACACGCCUCUGGCACCGUGUGCAGUGUUUCUGGCUGGUGCUCAUAUUCGUCAGUAAGAAGUUAGUGCAGAUCGCAGAUUUUCUACCGUCUUCCUCCACCCUGUCCCAAGGACCGGGCUCUGACUCCUCUGCUCAGAAAGCUUCCACUCCGCAGCCCCAGCCUCGCCUCCCCUGUGUGGAGCCACCGCUUCCCACCCACCCACCUCUCAGACUUGACAGCAUCUCGGCUGCGGCCCCAGCGUCACUGAGCGACGCCUCACCCGGGAUGGAAGGUCUGUAGGUUCUGCCGGCUCGUCGGCUUCACAGCCUCCAGGGGAGCAAAGGGGUCUUUCAGUGUCUUUUGCUUCAGAAACAGGGAAUUUAUAUUCUAAGGCCUUGAAUUGAUUUUGUUUUCCUCAUAAAAUAGUCUGAUAAGCUAAUUUUUAAAAAGAAAUGCCAUUGAGUACGUGCAUUGUGGUUUAAAAUUACUAAUGGGCUCCAAGAGAAAAAUAAUACUUGAUUUUCAACCUUACAUGUUUUUAAAAAUUAGAUUUGAAUGGGCGAAAAGUGUGACUAUUUUGUUUCUUUAGGGAGGACUUGUGGGAAGGGUUUGCAGGUUUGGAUGGGAGAGGUAUUUUGCAGAGCUAUCCAUGUCCAAAUAAUUUUUUAAAAAUAAUAAAGGUAUUUAAGCAGCAA